CAUUGAACACUCAGCAGCAGACACACUGAGGGGCCGCAGAGACAGAAGGAGAGACAUGAGCACGGAUUUACCUCAAGAGUUCCGCCGGCGCGUGCGCUGCGACAGUGCAGCCUCGCGGCCUCAGUUCACCAACUCCCCCACUGUUAUUGUGAUGGUGGGCCUGCCUGCCAGAGGGAAGACCUACAUCUCCAAGAAACUCACACGCUACCUCAACUGGAUUGGUGUUACAACCUCAGUGUUCAACCUUGGUCACUACCGUAGGGAGGCCGUGAAGUACAAAAACUAUGAGUUCUUCCUGCCGGACAAUGAAGAGGCCAUGAAGAUCCGCAGGGAAUGUGCUUCCCAUGCCUUGCAGGAUCUUGCUAGUUACUUCUCCAAGGAGCAGGGACAAGUAGCCGUGUUUGAUGCCACCAACACGACCCGAGAGAGAAGAGCUGCCAUUCUUAGUUUUGCCAAGGAGAAGGGCUACAAGGUGUUCUUUGUGGAGUCCAUUUGUGAUGACCCUGCUAUCAUAGAGGAAAAUAUCUUGCAAGUGAAGGUGAGCAGCCCUGACUAUGUGAAUGCCGAUAAGGAGGAGGUUAUGGAGGACUUCCGCAAGCGCAUCGACUGCUACGAUCAGAGCUACGUGCCAAUCGAUGACGUCAAGGACAAUCACCUGUCCUACAUAAAGAUCUUUAACGUGGGCUCUCGGUACCUGGUGAACCGGGUGCAGGACCACAUCCAGAGCCGCAUCGUGUACUACCUGAUGAACAUCCACGUCACGCCGCGCAGCAUCUACCUGAGUCGCCACGGCGAGAGCGAGUUCAACCUGACGGGGCGGAUCGGGGGCGAUGCAAGGCUGGCACCCAGGGGUCAAGAGUAUGCACGUGCGUUGGGGAAGUUCAUGAAGGCUCAGGUCAUCAAGGAUCUGAAGGUGUGGACCAGCCACAUGAGGAGGACCAUCCAGACGGCCGAGGGUUUGGGGGUCCCUUAUGAACAGUGGAAGGCCCUCAACGAAAUCGAUGCAGGUGUGUGUGAAGAGAUGACCUAUGAGGAGAUUCAAGACACUCACCCGGAGGAGUUUGCCAUGAGAGACCAGGACAAGUACCGCUACCGCUACCCCAAAGGAGAGUCCUAUGAGGACCUGGUGCAUCGGCUGGAGCCGGUGAUCAUGGAGCUGGAGCGGCAGGAGAACGUGCUGGUGGUCUGCCAUCAGGCCGUCAUGAGAUGCCUGCUCGCCUACUUCCUGGACAAGAAUUCUAGUGAACUGCCCUACCUAAAAUGUCCGCUGCACACAGUAUUGAAGCUCACACCAGUGGCCUAUGGAUGCCAGGUGGAGUCGUUUUUCCUGAAUGUGGAGGCGGUCAAUACACAUCGAGACAGACCCGAGAACGUGGACGUGACCAGGGAGGCUGACGAGGCCUUGGUGACCGUCCCUGACCACCUGUGAAGAGGUGAUGGGAGAUCACUCUCACCAGAUGCCAGUACGCGUGGGCUCCACCGCCACCACCAUCUCCACCAGACAAACAGAAACGCAGAGUUGUGUUGGGGAGAGUCACUGGACUCACUGGCAACCUUGUGUCAUGCAUUUGGGAAGAGAGAGCAACAGUGACAACAACCUAUGAAGUGCUUCAGAGACAAAUGCAGUUUUUUUUUUUCAGACACAAAGACACACCUGGGGAGGAUUACCUCUUUCCAACGGCCAAGAUAAAUCUCUCUCUGUGUUCGCCUUUGUAUCAUUUGACUUUGAAAUUCUUCUGUAAAGACCAGUUUGAUCAAACAAUAUGAAACUAAUAGUAAAAGAACCUGGACUGAC